GCCGCCGCCGGAGGGAUGGAGUGAGGCGCGGGGCUCUGAGAAGAGCUAUUGAAGAGAUGAGGAAAUACUUGACCUGGUCAUUAAAAAUAAUUAUGCCUCGGAAGGCUCGCGUCUUUGAAUUAUGUUUGGCGGUUCAACUAGAAAAUAAACAACAGCAAGUUGUUCUCUUUAUGUAGUCAUUCCCAGAGAAGUUGUUUCCUUUUAGGCAUGUAUUCCCUCGUGUAUGUUAGGGUAGAGUUUUACAUUAGCACUUCUCCCUUGUCACAGCUAUUAAAUUAACUCUUUACAUUAUGUUUUCCAAUGAAUCGGACGUUUGGGUUGAGCAUCACAAAGCAUUGAGAGCCUUCAGUUCCCAAUUAAAAUCUAGCUGCCCAUCACACGUUGCUGAUGGUGUUCCGGAAUUUUGUCUGUAACAAAGGUGCCAAUCUGGCUUUCGUUGAGGCUUCCUGCAGAUUUCUGGUGCAUGUCAGGAGGGGUGGAGGAAAGUGGCAGAAUAGAUUUUAAUGAUAAGCAAUAGCGGGCUACUUUUGGUAGGAAAAGGUAAUGUGCUUUGAAAAAUAGGCUUAUAAAACAUACCGAAAGGGAAGAGUUAUAUAGCAGCACAGAUAGCACCAGAUGGAAGUUGGUGCCCCUGGCUGCCGGGUGGUUGGGACAAAGGUGCAGAAGCAGCACAGGAGCUGAGCUCUGCAGAAAGCAGAGCUACAGAGGGGACUCUCACAAUAAGUAGGAUUAUAAACACACAUGUUUUUCUGUGUUGCUUUUAAAACUCAUUUCUGAUCUUAUUUUGGCAGUGGCUGGUGUCAUUUGUAAAACUGUCACUUUCACUAAAUAAAUGCUUUGGUACGAGUGCCACGGUUCUGCUCUAUUACAUGGGAGAUUUAGUGCUGUUUGUGAAGGCUCUUGUGAAGUGCGGAAGAAAACCAAGGGGAGAAGCAGCAAAUUUCUCCUCUUGCAAAAAGAGCUGCACUGGAAAAUGGUGAAUGAAGAACUUGUGUGACCCUGGUAGGGCUCACAAGAAAGAUUGUGAGAGUUCCCCAGAGGGCAUAAUAACUUCUUGAGAAAGUAAGAAUUUAGAAAAUAACCAUGCAGACAUGACAGGAAGAUAGUAAGGAGUUUUCUUUGUUCAUGAGCAAAUUUAACUUCUUAGUAAAGUAAAUACAGUCCAGAUGGCUGGAAAGUACACGAUGCUCCCAGGGGUUAGGGUGGAGGUUGGAUGAAUUAAGCUUUGUGGAAGUCAGAGGUGAAUAAGUGAGAGAUGAAAACGCAGAUACAGAGCAUUUCUUUUUUCUUUCCUUUUUUUUCCCCCCUUUCUUUUCUUUUUAAAGUAAAGUACAGUUGAUUUCUGGUUGAUAUUUUUUUUUUUUGGUUCUUCCUGAGGUUUGGGGCUGGACUGAGCCUUUCGUGAUAGCAACCGAAUGACAGCGUAUGAAGAGGAAAAGUUUCUGUUGAUAAACAAGAACAAAGAAAUUUGAUAGAACUUGCUGUGGUUUUGUUUUUUUUAGCAACGGAGGUGGUCAGUUAUGAACGAAUAAUAAUUUUACCUUCCAAGUACAGUUUGUUUCAACAAAAUACAAGGUUUUGUACUUCGCAGCUGAGGAUAAAGAUCUGUGUAUGCAGGGAUGGUUAUUACCUUUGCAGCAGUACUGUUGUUAUGAAUCCAGCUAUGACUUUAUUCAGAAAUUAUUACAGGAAGAAAAUAGCAGCAAACAUUGAAAGUUUAUAUUGAGAUGUGUUCUGAUCAUCAGUCACCAGGCACACGGGCUGUGCUACACGCUGCAUGGAGCGCAGGAAAAGUCCUCCCUCCAGCCUUUGGCUGCAGGGCUUCCUUUUUCCUUCCACUUCUCUCUUUCUGUUUGGGGUGUGGUAGGAGACAAGUUUGGACAGCAUCUGAAGGAGAUGUGAAAUCACAGUAACCUUGCUGGAAUUGCUCAGUAAUAAUGUUGCCUAAGUACAAUGAGAGUAAACUUCCACAUCAGAGCUGGAGGAGAAAUGUGCGUGCUGGAGCAGGUGUAGAGUUGCUGUAGAUGUGAUUUAGAAAUAGAAGCAAAACACAUGUGAAAGGAAAAGAUGAGAUUAGAGAGGAAUCAGUGGCUGCCUAGGUGGUCCAAGCAUCUAGUUAGCAAAGAUGGCUUCUCAGUGAGGACGUCUUGAACGGACGCUUCUUAAGUAGAGUGAUAAAGUUUGCAAAAACCAUGAAAGGAAAUCUGGUGUGAUAAUGUGUUCAAUCUUAUUUGUUUCCUAGGGUGAACUAAAAGGUAUAUUUACAAUUCCCAGGCCUACGAGAUCGUAAUCAAAGUAAUGUUAUAGGCAAUUCUCAUGCCAAGCACACGCGUGGCAGUGGCAGGAGAGGGCUGAUGAUGAAGUUGUAAGUGCAGGGGAUUGCAUUCAAAGCUGAAUGCAGGAGCAGGAACAAAGCAGUGCAGGAGCUGUGAAGGGUGGAGGGCAGGAUUUCUCAAUGCCUCUAGCACUCUUCACAUUUUUGAACGCCUGUGUAUUGCUGAGAGUAGGGUCUUGGAAACCAUUCAGUGGGAGUGGUUGGCUUCUGGUAAGAAGCCAAGAAUGAUUUUUAAAACGUGGAGCACAGCAUAUUAGUAGAUGAAAUCUUAUGGUGAUAAUGAGAUUUUAGCAAAAUCUAAUGAGUUGGAGUUGUCAGUGAAAGACUGGUAGACGAUGAGGCUCAGUCUCAAGGGCAAAAAGAAAGCAGGAAACCUGUGACAGCAAAAGAUGAGGAGUCAUGCCAGGAUUUCACGAUACUGUUUCUUUUGUAAAACAGAACGUAAGGUAGACAGAAUUAUUUUUCCAAUAGAGAUUUAAAAAUCUAAAGAAUCUGAAUACCACAAUAUGCAUAGCUUGGGGCAAAGAAAACAGGGAAAGUUCACAUUAGCAUGCAAGGUAGGUAGGUAAGAGCAUUAGAUAGCAGUUGGAAAAUGCCAAAUGGCUUUUUGGUGAUGAUUACACAAACCUUGGGCAUAACUGGAAACUCAUUUUGCAUUGUGUGUAGCUUUAACACUUGCAUUUUAUUUUUUUGUGAUUAAGGAUGAAGGAGCACAGUUCACCUCUCCUUGACAAACUUUUUGAAGCUGCAGUUAGCACUUGUAUUUUGUCUGUCUUGAAAUACCUGUCACCGAAAGAGAUGCAGUAUAUUUGCAAAUGUGAAUGAGUACAGCUUGACAAGUCCCAACCUCGGUCACGACUUCAUCCCAUUUCAAGGGAGUCAAGAGGCAGAGAAAUGCAAUGCUCACGUGAUGUUUCCCAUGUCCAGAUAGGGCUGCAGAGCUGUGCCUGACAUCCAGACCCCUAAACCCAUUCAGAUAAUUCCUGAAACUUCCAUUUCUGACUACUUGGAUUGCUUUUAUUUGAACUAAGUUUAAUUUAAGUUAUAAUGCAGCACUUAAAAUAUCCUACCUGAAAAGAUCUUUAUGUGCUUGCUUAAGAACUGUUGGUAAUUAAAAUAUAUUGCAGACUGAAGCUUUAUUCUCCGCAAUGCUGAAUUGCUGAGCAUUGAGCCAAAUGACCAAGGGUAAUGAAGUAACAAGUAAGCUAUAAACAAUAAGGUAAAUCUGAAUUAGCAUCUUAUUUUCAUACGUAUUUAGUACAGCCAUUAUACAUAAUUAGAGCCUUUUAAAAAUUCUUGAAUAGCUUUGAUUUGUUGCAUUUAUCUAAAAUCAUGCCCUGCUUCCUCAUUAACACUAGAGCUGCCACUGACGGCAAUGAAAUUUCAGCCUGAGCAGCACUGUUACAUGGGAUCUGCUCUGUAGUUUCUUGUCUUUCUGAACAUGCAUUUAAGUGCUGCAGUGGUAUAAAAAAAAAAACCAAACCAAACAAUGAACUGUGCUUUUUAAUCAAAACCAGCAAAUCGUUUCUGGCUUAAAUUGAUAAUGCUCUGAUCCAAUUGUGGAAAUAUGCUAUGUAUCCUAAAUACUGCCCUGCCUUACAAACUGCAUAGUUUGGGUAGUCUAAGCACUGGGUAGUUCUCUAUAUAGCAUCCUCAGUAGGAUUAAAUUGAAAAGCUUUUAGUGUUUGUUUUCCUUUAGGAUGCUGACAGUAAUAAAACUAAAAAAUGGCUUUUGAGUCCUCUCCUAAAUCUCAGCACAGACUUUGGCGUAUCAUCUUGUUUUAUUUUACUAUCUAGUUAAGGCAAUAACUGGAAAAACAUUUUUUGCUAUACUAUUUGUCAUUACGCCAAGCUGCUUCUUUAAUAUUCUUUAUGUUUUGAUCUUCAGCAACAUCUAAAAAGGAGGAGAGGUCUCACGUUUGUAACUAGAAAAGAUGUAUUAUCCAAGAGCAGGGGCCUUGCUGGUAGCUUAGGGUAGCACACAGUUAGUUCUCCAGGUGGGCAGUGAGUGAGUCUUCGUAAUAUCUUUGACGUUCAUUCCUGUAGAGUAUCUGUGGAUCGCGUGAGCAAUGGAAUGCCUGGCAGAAGCUGAGGGAGCAGCCUGCUGGCCAUGAGGGUUUUAUGUAAUCCCAAUACAUUCACCUCUUACGCUCUCUGUAGAGGACUGGAUUUUGUGUUUUUGUACCUCCCCUGGAGACCAAAGGUGAUUCCAUAACUGAAAAGAAGCACUCCCUUUCCCCAGCUGUAACUCCUACAGAAGGCCACAUUUGGUGUUGUCGCAUGGAGACGUCUUCCCUGGCCCUGUAGGCUGCGUGGGAGGCCAGAACCAUAUCCCAGCCUCCUUUCUGAGGAGCAUGGAGCAUUUUUUCCGUGUUCUGUUCACUCCAAAAUGGAGCAUUCCAAAAUUUCCAAUCUCGUAAUUCUAAGAGUGGUUUCCUUGACUACGGUGUAAUAAUCCCUCUGCCAUAGAUUGUCAACAGCCUCCCACACAAGGAAAUUCUUCUGACAUCUCUGUAGUUAAGACAUUUGUCUGUCUUCUUAACAUCCUAAGUUCUUGACUUUGUCUGACACACUAAAUAUGUAAAGUUUUCUGUCUUUCAUGGGUUUUGUUUGUUUUGUUUUGUUGGGUGCUUUUUCCUUCCGAUAUUAGUGUGGUCUCUUUGAAGCACGCUUUGGUUUUGUUCUGUUUUUAUGACUUGUUCCACUCGCUUUCCUUCAGCUGCAGUGGAAAGAAUUAAGUUCAGCUAUAGCCCUGAUUAAAAUCUUCCGUUAAUUGAGUUGCAAAUUUGUGAUGACAGAAAUUUGUCAGUCUGCUGAUGAGGUGUACCUCCUUGCAUUCCUGCUACCUUUCUGAAUCCUGAUGAUGCUGUACGGUUUUACUAUUCAUUACAUUCAUUUCUUCUCUCUCUCUCUCUCUCUCUUGCUCUCUUUUCCCUGCAUGAAGCUCAGCACAGGGUGUAAAUUGCUUUUUCCAUGAUAGAGUGACUGUUAAUUAGCUGUCAAGAGGCCUGUCUUGCCUUUCCCUUGGGUGUCUCUGGUGCUUAUUCUCAUCAUACUGGAGUCCGAAUGCCAGUAGGUUUCCAAUACUAGGAGGACCAUUGCCCAUUCCUAUGUGCUUUUUAUUGAAGCUUCCUUCAGGGACAGUUCCUAGUGUUGAUAGACAUUGCCAAAAUAACUGCAAACUGAGAAGCUGGAGAGGAAAUCUAUUAAUUAGACUAAUAGAGGAUGAUGUUGUAUGGGGUGCAAGGAGUAUAUGAUCAGUGGUAGUGCUUCUUUCCUCCACUGUUCAAGGUGAACAACAACCUGUGUUUUCACGGCAGUGCUCCUUGCUAGCAUUGCCAGGGGAAGCUGUGUGAUUUAGUCUUUUUACUGAUUUUACUGAGUUUUGGUUGAGGUUUGGAGUUACUGGCUGAUAGGAGUGCUAACGGUGUUUUGGGACAAUCUGACAGAGGAGGAGAAAUUGCAGCAAAAAUAAUAAUUGAUUAGACAAACGUAGUCAGUAAUUCUCUCUAACCCUUCAGAAGUAUAUUCUUAUAAAGCCUCUCAGGUGCUGAGUUUUAGUGAAGAAAUCUAGUGGCCCUGAUGGUGACUGUAUGACAUUUCUGUAUCCUAUUAUAUCAUCUAUUUUGUAUGCUGAGAGCUCAGAGUGGAAAAGAUGGAAACACAGUUAGACUGUCACUUGUUUCCAAUGAAGAAAUCUCUGGUGGAACUGUUUGCAUUCCUGUGGUCAGUGGUAUAAGGAAAUACCAUGUUAUGAAAAAUUCCCAAUUGUUUCCUUAAGGGCUCUUCUAGAAUUGCACAAUCUUUUGAUGGUUUUGUUUGUGAUUAAAAAAAAAAAAAAAAGGAAAAAAUUGCCCACUCUCCAAUUCAGAACUCAGAAUUCCCUUAAAUAUUUACCAGGGCUUUGGUUUUUAUACUCCAAGUUUGGAUUCAAUCCAGAAGUGUAUUUUCUUAACGUAUUCUGAUCAACCGUUAUAAUGUGAGUAGCUGAAGAUUAUAGUUUUGUUCCAGAGAGUGUUUCUUUGGGAUAUCCCAUCAGGUCCUUUACUAUCCAUCAUAGUGAUUACUCAUGGUUUCUGGAUGCAGCUCUAAAACAAUACUUCUGAGGGACUGGGGAAAACUCAAAUAACCAAGUGGCUUUCACUAAGCUCUCAAGAAGUGAAACAGUAUCUUUGACACUCAAAUCCUUUUGUCCUGUAGGCUGAAGGCUUCUAACAUUUAAUUUGUAGUUGCCCUUCAUGUAUCCUGUCAGGAUUAGUGUAAUAUGCCUAAUUUCUGACAUACGCAUUAAUUCAUAUAUAUUCCAAUUUUUCAAAGCUGCUCGUGUUCAGUAUUUGUAUUAUUGCUGCCACAUAUUGAGUUAAAGUCAAUUUCUUUUCCUAGUUUAUUUGUCCAAGAAUGUCUUUCUGUUAUUUUCCCUGAACUGAGAGCUGGCUUUGAACUGGAUAUUUACUAUGUGACUGCAAGUCCUUUUCAUGUCUUUUUCCUAUUCUUGAUAACAUCUUUAUCCUUCAUUAAUAGAUAUAUGAUUUCAUUUAGGCUGUAGAGGCGUUUAAUUAAUACUAUCAUAGUGAAUGAAGGCUGUGUGCAGUGCUAGGCUCAGUGAAACCAAAGGUUUUCUUAUCCUCCCGAAGGGUAGAAGGAGUGGGCUCAGUCCAGUUGAGCUGAAUUAAGACGUGGCACCAAAUGUCGAGGUCAACUACAUUAAUAGAGCAAGGAGAGCUGUGGAAAAAAUCAAGAGUCCAAGAGCUAAUACAUCAGAUGGACUGAUGCUGCUGUGACCAAAGGUGAGGACUCCCAUCCGCAGAGCUGAAGCAUGAGUACCGAUGCCAGUCAGGUGGUGAUCACUUCUCCCCCUGCAGCCACAAUGCCCCACAAGGAGAGGUACUUCGACCGCAUCAACGAGAAUGACCCCGAGUACCUCCGGGAGAGGAACAUGUCUCCGGACCUGCGGCAGGACUUCAACAUGAUGGAGCAGAGGAAGAGGGUCACUCAGAUCCUGCAGAGCCCUGCUUUUAGAGAAGAUCUGGAAUGCCUUAUUCAAGAACAGAUGAAGAAAGGCAAUAACCCAACUGGGCUGCUUGCAUUACAGCAGAUUGCUGAUUACAUUACAGCAAGCUCUUUUGCAGGUUUUUCCUCAUCUUCACUCAGCCAUGGAAUGAUUACCCCCAUCAAUGAUCUACCUGGGAUAGAUACCUCCUCAUUUGUUAAGGGAGAAAAACUUACUCGUUGCAAAUUAGCCAGUUUAUACAGAUUGGCUGACUUGUUUGGGUGGGCACAUCUGCCAAAUGCCUAUAUCACUGUCAGAGUAAGCAAAGAACACGAUCAUAUUCUAAUCAUUCCAAGAGGUCUGUCCUUUUCUGAAGCUUCAGCUUCCAAUCUGAUUAAGGUGAACAUCCUGGGAGAUGUAGUUGACCAGGGCAGUACAACUCUAAGUAUCGACAGUGCAGGAUUCAGUCCACAUGUGGCCAUCUACUCCACGCGCCCCGAUGUCAGAUGUGUAAUACACAUACAUACCCCUGCAACAGCAGCUGUUUCAUCUAUGAAGUGUGGCAUCCUUCCAAUAUCACAGGAGGCUCUGAUUCUGGGAGACGUCGCUUAUUACAACUACCAGGGUUCUCUUGAUGAUCAGGAGGAGAGAAUUCAGCUGCAGAAAGUUCUUGGACCCAGUUGCAAGGUAUUAGUCUUGAGAAACCAUGGCGUAGUAGCUCUAGGAGAGACACUGGAAGAAGCAUUCCACUAUAUUUUCAACGUGCAACUGGCCUGUGAAACACAGGUUCAUGCAUUAGCUGGAGCAGGUGGGAUAGACAAUCUCCUACUACUGGAUCUGCAGAAGUUCAAGCCUUUCACUCACGGUGUGGCAGCAGGUGGAGGAGGAGGAGUUAAUAUGUCUUCACAGCAGAAAUGGAAAGUAGGGGAGCAGGAGUUUGAAGCACUCAUGCGGAUGCUGGACAACCUGGGAUACAGAACUGGCUAUGCCUACAGGCAGCCCUUGGUCAGGGAAAAGCCCAGACAUAAGAGUGACGUUGAGAUCCCAGCCACUGUGACUGCCUUUUCCUUUGAAGACGAUGCGGUCCCGCUCUCCCCGCUGAAAUUCCUGGCGCAGAGGCAACAGAGGGAAAAGACAAGAUGGCUGAACUCCCCAAACACGUACUUGAAAGUAAAUGUGCCUGAGGAGUCCUGGAACGGGGAAGCGAGUCCCAGGACCAAGAUCACGUGGAUGAAAGCUGACGACUCGUCCAAGACUAGUGGAGGAACACCAAUCAAAAUUGAAGAUCCAAACCAGUUUGUUCCUUUAAACACAAACCCCAGUGAGGUGCUGGAAAAGAGAAAUAAGAUUCGGGAGCAAAAUCGAUAUGACCUGAAGACAGCAGGACCACAGUCUCAGCUGCUUGCUGGGAUCGUUGUGGAUAAGAAGCCAAGCCCACCGAUGCAAUUUGAAGAUGAUGAGCACGCGCCACCAGCACCACCCAACCCAUUCAGCCAUCUCACAGAAAAGGAACUGGAAGAGUACAAGAAAACAAUUGAGCGCAAGCAGCUAGGGCUGGAAGAUGCUGAACAGGAAUUAUUCUCAGAUGACGGUUCAUCUGUGUCACAAAUUCAGUCCCAAACUCAGUCCCCGCAAAAUGUCCCAGAAAAAUUAGAAGAAAAUCACGCAGAUCUCUACACCCAGAGUGCCAACCUCAUAUCUGCAGAGCUACCUGUGGUGGUGGUGAACGGCAAGGAAGACGCACACGACGUGGAAGAAGACCUCACCAAGAGGGUCAGUCAGUUAACCACUAGUACUGUGGAGAGCGUAGAGAUUACCAUUAAAAGCUCUGAAAAGAUAGAGGAGGCCCUGUCCCCUGAAGGGUCACCUUCCAAAUCCCCGUCGAAGAAGAAGAAGAAAUUCCGCACCCCGUCUUUCCUGAAGAAGAACAAAAAGAAAGAGAAAGUGGAAGUGUAAGUGCAGCUCUGUUGGGAGGAGAUGGCGCACAUUUUAAACGCUUAGGUUGACCAUUAACAGAGUAGUGUUAGGGGUGUGCAGUAACUGGACUUUUAACCUAAACAAAGAGGAACUGGAAAAGGUUUUGCUUUACACAAAACAGCAACAAACAAACACAGAUUUAAAAAAAAAAAAAAAAAAGACUUUCAUAUUAAGUGAAAAUUAAUUCAUCUCUCACUUACCUGAAACUGCUAUGAGGGUUUGAAACUUUGGUUAGUUUCGUGUAGAACUACACUGGCAGGUGCUCAAAUACCGUCAUAGCGAGACGAAAUACCAUCACGGUGUGCAGCGACAAGUUCUGCCCGGGGUGUUUUGCAGACCUUGACAUUUUCAGUACAGUAAAGUCUUUAUUAAAGGUAUCGUUGGGUGAUCAUAUAACUUUCUUUAAAGAAAAACAAAAACUGCUGUCCGAAUUGGUAACCAGAUCAUACCUUUUUGUAUUGUGAUUUUUGACCAUAGGUUUUGUGUUUCUGUACCCCUGUUUUGGGUGGGUGCAUAUUAACAGCACACCUUCAAAUCUUUUUUAAGAGGAGGUCAUAUAGAAAUAUUAUACACUGGCACAUAAUAUUAGGGGGAGAACUGUGUAAGAGGAAGUUUAGUUGGAAUUAUCCAAAACGUCAAAGAGUUCCAUUCAUCGACAACUUCUUUGCCAAAUAUUUCAUUUUAGUGAAAUAUAAUUUUUGAAGACUUCUUUUCUAUUUUGUCUGUCGGGGGGAGGGGGGAGACCCUUAUUUUUCAAGAAGGGGGAUUUUAUACACGUAACAUUGAUAAUUUAGUUUAACUGCAAAACAAAAAGAAGAUUUUAUAUGUUCAAAUGUUUGUAUACCAUUCAGUAUAAAAAAAUAUUAUAGGCAUGUGAACCAGGCAUUAAAUAGUAGAGUGUAUUUAAGAACGCUUGGUUUAGAGUAUACUUAAAUAUAAUUGAGGAAUCCAGGGACUUAGAAGUCAGAAGACAAAAUCGUUUAACAUUGAACUGGAUUCAGAACUUACCGUGUUGGGUUUUUUUCCUCGUGGUAUUGCUAAUGAAUGAAGAAAAAUAAUCUCGUAACGUAACCAAAUGAAGGAAACAAAACUGUUCAAAGGGAAGUGAAACAGUGAGAAGAUAGGAGGAGACAAAGAAAGUAAAAGUCUGGUGAUUAUUUUUUUUAAAUAUAUGAUAUGGAUUGUGGGAUAUUUUUAUUAAAUCAGCAAAGUGACGUUUCCACGUUAGGAGUUUUAAGCGAUUUGUGUGGAUUCAUGCAGAGCGCAACACUUGCUGUUGUGUUUUUCCUCACUUUUGUUUGAGUUGUAAAAGGGUCUCAUGAAUGUGUGUUGUCCUUUGGAUGAACCCAGAACAAACCGGAGCCUCGUGCCAUGGGUGGGGUGGCUCUGCCACUUGCUCAUUUUUACUGAUAUUGUCAUUUUAUUACUUUUACUGUAUUGUAAAUACAAACUAAACAUAGAAACUAACAUAGGUUUUUCUUCGCUGUGUCAAAUCGUCUGUAAAUCAGUCAUGGCAAUAGGAAGUGCGUUUUAAAGAUCCAUGUGAUUCCCAGAUUACCAGUUGAAAUAUUAUACCAUAUAUAAUCGUUAAAUAUGGCUGGAGAGUGGUUUGGCAUGCACAAUGUUGAUAUAGCAUGUUCGGGGGCUGGUUAGCUUUGACUGUGUAAGUGUGAUAAUGCAGUGUUGGAAUGGAUCCUGGAAGCAAUUUUCUAGCUAUCACUAAAUACUGGAAUCAGUGUUUUUAAUCAUAGUAGAAACUUUCAGUUGCUUACUUCGUUUUUUAUGUUCUACAUUAUUUGUGUUGUAUUACAACAUAUGUAGAAACAGUAACCUGUGAACUACGCUUUUCAUAACUUUUUUAAAAAUAUAUCUAAAUGAAUGCAAUGUGCAUAAAUAUUUUUUAAAAUGCAACCGUGAACUAUUUGCACCUUUUGCUAAUGCCUCUAUUUACUUGCUUUGGCAUAAAGAAUGAGCCAGCCAACUCUUGUGUCCUGUGGAAAAUAUAUAAAUGUUAUCUGAAAUUGCUCAUAGAUGUAAUGCUAAUUAAUGUUAAAUCACAAAUAAACAGUAUUUUAAAUAGA